GCACUCUGACUUUUGGUUCCUACCUCCAUUUGGCAAAGGACAUACGAGUUUUCCUGGGGAAAUCUGCAGCUAACAUCACAGAGUACUCCAAGAAUGUGAUGACCACAAUGGGGGAGUGGGAGCUUCUGGAUAUCACCUCCGUCAAACACAACGCAAGCCCGAACGAUUUUGAUGAGCUUAUAUUUUAUAUUAGUGUGAGGCGCCGACCCACCAUGUACGUGGUGAACCUCCUGAUCCCCAGCUGCUUCCUCAUCACAAUAGACCUCUUCAGCUUCCUGCUGCCUCCCCAGAAUGUGGACCGGUCCUCCUUCAAGAUGACCCUCAUCCUGGGCUACACUGUCUUCCUGCUCAUCAUGAAUGACCUGCUGCCCAUCACUGGAGACACAAUACCUCUCAUAAAUGUGUUCUUCUCUCUCUGCCUGGCUCUGAUGGUGGCCAGUCUCCUGGAGACCAUCAUCAUCACCAAGCUGCUGUGUGGCUCUUCCAACUCCUCUCCCGUCCCUCGCUGGAUCCAAGUAGUUGUUCUGCAAAUUCUGGCCCAUCUCGUUUGUAUGCCUCGAAGGGAUAAAGAUGCAGAUGUGGAGCUCAGCUCUGUGGUGGCAAAAAGUAAAGCUGAUGAGUGGCCUCCAGAAGAAAGGGGGGCAGCGAUGAACAACAAAGCCCUGCAGGAGCUGAGGAGCCUGGGCAGGGACCUGCAGGCCAUCCGCCUCCAGGUGGAACAGAAGACGGGUGAAAACCAGAGCUCAGAGGACUGGGUCCAGGUUGGUUUGGUCAUAGACCGCCUGCUGUUUAUCUUCUACAUUCUUUUCAUAUCAGUCAGCUUCUUUACGAUCAUCGUUAUCUGGUGCUGCCAGCUGAAAGUCAAGCCUUCUAUGAUUAUAUUCAUCUUCAUCUCUGUGCUCGUGCACGCUCCAUGCAAUUCCAGUUCCAUCAUGAUGAACUGUACUCAACCCAACCCGGUUUCCCUGUUGGAGGCUCUCAAACCAGUCUUCAGCAUAGGUUCUGUUCGACCUGUGAUGAAUACAUCAACCGCUACCUCGGUCACUGUUGAUUUCACACUGUUUGGCAUUUUAGGGGUGAAUGAAAAGUCCCAAAUUCUGACAACAUAUAUCUGGCUAAAUGUAUUAUGGAACAAUGAGUUUAUCAGAUGGACACCAGAACAGUGUGGCUCUGACUAUAUUACCAUCCCACGAAAAGAGCUCUGGGUACCAGAUGUGGUCAUCGUUGAAUUUAUGGAGAAGAACACAGCUCCAUUUGUCCCAUACACCUACGUGUUCUCUGACGGCACCAUUUUUGACCCACAGCCUGUUAAAGUGGUCAGCUCCUGCAGGCUUGACAUCUACACAUUUCCAUUUGACACCCAGACCUGCACUUUAACCUUCACCUCGUACUUACAUCGUAUGGAUGCUGUCAAACUUACCAACUUUACACCUGUGGAGAAAACAUUAACAAACUCCAAACAGUCAAUGACAACUAUGGGUGAGUGGGAACUAGUUGGAAUCACACUGGAUAAAUACGAACGAGAAGAUGGGGAAGGUGAACUGAACCAAGAGCUUCGAUACUUUGUGUCAGUGAGGCGUCAGUCCACCAUGUAUGUGGUGAACCUCCUGCUCCCCAGUAGCUUUCUCAUUACAGUGGACCUGUUCAGCUUCCUGUUGCCUCCCAAAAGUGUCGACCGGUCCGCCUUCAAGAUGACCCUCAUCCUGGGCUACACUGUCUUCCUGCUCCUCAUGAACAACCUGUUGCCUGUCACUGGAAACACUAUACCUCUCAUAAAUGUGUUUCUGUCUCUGUGCCUGGCUCUGAUGGUGGCCAGUCUACUGGAGACUGUCCUCAUUACCAACCUGCUGUGUGGCUCCGCUCUCUGCUGUCCAGUUCCUUGCUGGAUCACAGUGUGUGUUCUUCACAUCCUAGGCCGACUGGUCUGCCUUUCUCCAAAGCCCAGGGAUCUGGAAGGCACAGUCAUCCAAAAUCCCAACACACAAGAAAUGAAAAUCUCCUCUCUGGUGGCAGAGGACAGCAAAGCUCCAGAGGAGAAAGGACUGCUGGAUGAGGACAAGGCCCUGGAGGAACUUAGGAGCCUAGGCAAGGACCUGCAGGCCCUCCGCCUUCAGGUGGACCAGCUGCUGGGUGAAAACCAGACCUUAGAGGACUGGGCCCAGGUCGGUUUGGUCAUAGACCGCCUGCUGUUUAUCGUCUACAUCCUCUUCAUAUCAGUCAGCUUCUUUACGAUCAUAAUUAUCUGGUCUCAGUCAAUCAAAUCACCUUGA